AUGGCAAAGAUGAAACCAUUAGUAAUGUUGCUGAUCAUGUGCGUCGUGUUCAUGGGAGCUCUCAUUGAGGUAUCAACGGCCACCGAUUACACCUUAACGUGGUCGAUGACGAGCAACGCAAAGGCGUGGGGCGAGAGCCAAAAAUUCACCAUGGGCGACACUAUAACGUUCGUGUACCAGCCGUUCCACGACGUGCUGGAGGUGUCGGAGUCGGCGUACGAGUCGUGCUCAGCCGUCAACCCGCUGUCCGCCUACACGGGGGGCCGCACCACCAUCGCGCUGACCGCCCCCGGCCCCCGCUACUUCAUAUGCGGAGUCCAGGGCCACUGCCCCCUCAUGAAGCUCGCCAUCAACGUCGCCUCCUCUUCCUCUCCUCCCCCCACCUCCUCCUCCUCCUCCUCCUCCUCCCUC